CCCCUCCCACACACUCACACAGGAAGCAGGUGGCCUUGUCACCAGUGGGGUGAUAUCCGCUAUUGCUGCUUCUCUACUCCCCCACUGUUCCUCAGGACUUCUCUGGACCAAAGCCUUUUGCCAGCCAGGCCCCUUCUAGCCCCUACCCACCAUGGCCCCUUCAAGUGACAUCCUGCUCCUGCUUUUGCUCCCAGGACACCACCUUUCCCUGGACCCUGUUGUGGGAACCAUCUCUCAUGCUGACCCACCUUCCCUCUCUUUCCGCAGUUGCUACAGCUCUGACAACUCCAGGUUCCUGUUCCGGAUGUGGGCUCCCCUCCCUGUCGCUGCUGGCAGGCCUCGUGGCCGCCGACGCGGCCGUGUCCCUGCUAAUUAUCGCCGUGGUGUUUGUGUGUGUCGGCCUGCGCCACCGCCACAGGCCCACCCGAGAAGAUGACAAAAUCUACAUCAACAUGCCUGCCAGGGGCUGACCCCUUGUAAGGGACACCUUUGACUUCUGACCCUCUCAUCCUGCAUUGUGUGUGGUGGCACAGGAAACCCACUCCCCACUUGGGUUGGAAUAAAGCAAUUGAAAUACCUUUA